AUCCCGACAAUACAGCACUCAUUGUUGGUAUUGUUGUUCCAGUAUCUCUUCUAAUUCUGAUAGCCAUUAUUAUUGUUGUGAUUCUUCGUCGAAGAAGAACUGGUCCUUUCAUGAAGAAAGGAGGAGUAGUAGAUGGGAAAGAAGAUGCCCUCUCUAUACCUGAAAGUGAAAUAAUAACUAGUCGCCCAAUCAGGUUGAAAGAUUUUGCAGAACACUAUCGUAUAAUGUCUGCAGAUUCUGACUUCCGUUUCUCAGAAGAGUUUGAGAUGUUGAAACACGUAGGACGAGACAGGUCAUGUGCAGCAGCUGAUUUUCCUGUUAAUAGACCAAAGAACAGAUUCACUAAUAUUCUGCCUUAUGACCAUUCUCGUGUUAAACUUCUGCCAACAGAUGAUGAAGAAGGUUCUGAUUACAUUAAUGCUAACUACAUCCCAGGUUAUAAUUCUCCAAGAGAAUUUAUCGUAACUCAGGGUCCCUUACACAGCACAAGAGACGACUUCUGGAGGAUGACUUGGGAACAGAACAGUCGUGCUAUUGUAAUGCUGACUCGCUGUAUUGAAAAAGGUCGAGAAAAGUGUGACCACUACUGGCCGCUGGAUACUCAACCUGUAUAUUAUGGUGAUAUUCAGGUCACAAUUUUGAAUGAAUCUCAGUAUCAAGAUUGGACCAUUUCAGAGUUUAGAGUCUCAAGAGGAGAUCAGUCACGAAUGGUCCGUCAUUUUCACUUUACAACCUGGCCAGAUUUUGGAGUUCCAGAUCCACCCAUAACUCUAGUUAAGUUUGUACGAGCAUUCCGGGAUCGUGUCAUACCUGAUUCCAAGCCUGUUAUAGUACACUGCAGUGCUGGUGUUGGCAGAUCAGGAACUUUCAUUGCACUAGACAGAAUCUUGCAACACCUACAUAAGUAUGACUCAGUCGACAUCUUUGGUAUUGUGUAUGAGAUGAGGAAAGAAAGAGUUUGGAUGGUACAGAAUGAGCAACAAUACAUCUGUAUUCAUCAGUGUUUACUUUGUGUUUUGGAGGGUAAAGAAAACAUCCUGGAGCCACCCAGGCUCGAAGUGCACGAUAACCAGGGAUUUGAAGAUGAUGAAGGUAUAGCAGAAUCAGGAAUUUAACCAGGAAUUUUGACAGAGUUAUAAAACAGGAUUAUUGACCUGGCACAUUUAUUUGUGAUAUAUCUGUAUAUACUUGUUAUUUUGCACAAAAAUGAGUAGAUACACUUAUGAGACAAACACCUGUUGUUUUAAGUUGUUCUAGCAGUUUUACAAGUAUCUCUCUUCAUAUUCUACAUGUGUUUUAAACCUGUAUAUUCAGUUUCUAAAGAUUAUUUCUUACGGUAAGAUCGACAAGGUUUAUUUGACGUGUAAUCUGACAAGGUCAACAAAGCAUUUGUUGUAUAGAGCACCAUUAAGUUUAACCAUACUUGUGUCACAUAGAUUCAAUCAAUCUUUUAAUAGAUAAAGAGUGUAUUAUAAUUAGUAAAAUAUUAAAACUUUAUACGUGGUAAAAAAUUCAUAUCAAUUGAUGUUUUACUUUUGUUUAAAAAUAUAUUUUAUUAACUUGUGGAAAGACUCCUAGCAAACCAAGGCGUUGUCACAGUUUCUUGCUUUGAGAUCUUUUCCUCCAACUCAUGUUUACUUUUGCUUGUGGUACUGGUUGAGAAUGUUUCUAAAGUGAUUUCUGUUAAAAGUAUGGUUGAAAAAGUUCCUAGAGAGGUACUCCAUAUUAUAAUAUUGUGAACAAACACAUUUAUCUUUGUGUUACGAUUGUUAAAUCUCAUAAAAAUGUAAAUAUAAAUAAUUCAAUUGUACUUGGACAACACCUGGCAUCUGUUCUUUAUCUAGAGAUUCAGACCAAUAUUCCAUUGUUGUUUUACUCUACAUUCAGAGUUUGAUAUAUAAAUUGUUGCUAGAUUUUAGCUUUAUGAGCACAACGUGGCUUGAAAUCUGUAUAAUAAGUUCUUAACAGGAGAUCUUGACAAACAAAGGCCAAGAUGAUACAAUUAGAGACUGUACGUAAAACAACUGGAUCAGAGGAACCAGGUAAAGAUGAAUAUUGUGAUGAUUGGAUGUUGUCUUGUUUAAUACUUGGAGGUGUUUGUAUAAUACAUAAUCAAGCUGUAGUAUGUGUAUUUUAUAUGCCUCAUUCAAUGUGAAUCCAAUUGUUCAAUUUCUGUCAAAUGUUUUACUUGGAACGUUCAUAAGACAAACCAGCUUCUCACAAGUAGCCCUGAACCCAAUGUUUAAAACAAAUGAGUAGCCCUGAACCCAAUGUUUAGAACAAAUGAGUAGCCCUGAACCCAAUGUUUAGAACAAAUGAGUAGCCCUGAACCCAAUGUUUAGAACAAAUGAGUAGCCCUGAACCCAAUGUUUAGAACAAAUGAGUAGCCCUGAACCCAAUGUUUAGAACAAAUGAGUAGCCCUGAACCCAAUGUUUAGAACAAAUGAGUAGCCCUGAACCCAAUGUUUAGAAC